UUGACUUUGUUGUGAAAUUGGAAAUCGUAAACAAACCAAAAUUAUUACAAUCCAGUUGAAAUAAUAUUUUGGGGGUAUUUAAGAACUGUGCGUGAGAAGUUGAGUCACAUUAAGCCGGACCAAGUUAAAGCUACCUCAUUGCACAAGAAGAUGACAGCCAACGUAGUUAAAAACAAAUACUCAGAUACUGAUUACGACCUGGAAGAGGAAGUCGCCAGCCACCUGAGGCGUAUUUUCUACAUAAAACCAAAAGGUGACUCCCCGAAAUGUAACCCCUACAUAGUGGAGUUCUUUGGGGUCCUCAGUCUGAACGAUUUGCGUGCGCCUGAGCGUAAACUCUGGGUGAUAUAUUUCUGCAAACAGCCGGAACUGGACAAAACGGUCUACGAAAUCCACCAGAAGUACGGCAAGAAGAAUAUGUUCGACCUGUAUCGCACGCCAGUCUUCAGUGGAGCUGCUCUGCGGGCGAGUGUAAAGAAGCAUUUUUCAGAGCUCAAGUGGUUCACGAAUGGAAAUCUUCUGGAAGCCCCGCCUAAAAGUCACUUUAACGACGAGCGUGUGGUCAAAACCAUAACGGAUCUGCAUCACCUGGAAAAGCAGAGGCUUUAUAACUAUGUCAUGGUGAAGCAUUUGUGGUUUUACCGGUAUUAAUAGCUUGAAGUUAUUGACUAAACCCUGUGAUUUAGAAUUAGUUAGCUUUGAUUUGUGACCGAAACUCUUUAUCAGAAAGGCCUUACAGUUAAUAAAGUACAAAAUAUUAUGGUAAGCGUAA